GCGAUAUGGGACGACGCCAACCCAGCGGAAAUAAUUCCAUUUUGGCUUGGACAAAUGGAAGAGUAGAACAGCGUGCUAACAUUACUUCGAGUUUGAAUCUGCUGGGAAAUCGAUACCUACCACGACGUGUACCAUUGGACAGAAGACCUAGAUGCGAGUGGGUUGCUUCCGUACUGCUCUGCAAUGCAAAGAAGGAUGUCCAAUCCCCUCAGAGGACUUUCCCUCCAAAGUUGGCUACAAGCAAGCCUGACCCCGACAAAGAUGAUCUCUGGGGUGCUGGAAAUGGGAAAAACCAAAGUGGUGGGGCUAAUGAACCUGCUGAAGAAAGUGGUGGCGAUAGGGCGAGUGGGGGAAAUAAUGACGGCGAUAUAGAUGAAUCAUCCGGAGUCCCUCCAGGUGGAAAAGGUGAUGGAGAAAACGGUAACAACAACGACGGGACCACUGAUGAAAACGGAGGUGCUGACGAGAAAGGUGAAAGUGGUGAUGAGGGCAAGACGAAGGAAGAGGAAAAGAAGCCUGAGAAAAAUGAUGGGGAUGAUGAAACGACGGGCGACUUAUUAGACGAGGGUGGAAGUAAUCCUGAAACCAAACCGGACGCCGGUGGGGGCGGUGGUUCGGAAGAGCGUUAUAUCCCUGUAAAAGGUGGUGGGGAAAAAUCAAAGCGAGAAGGUAAAUCAUCAAUGAAGAAGAAAUCCACGUCAGAAAAGAAAGAUGCAAAACAUAUCAAGAGAAAGCCGUCGAAAAAGCCAAGCGGCAACAGUGUUACACUGAAUAAGAAAUAUCCAAAAAAGCGUAAAUAAUAUCUAAUAGUUAUGUUUCUCUCAAUCUCGAAAAACGUUUUCUAUAAAUUCUUAGCGAAGAAUUAUUAUUCGAAUUUUUGUAUUAAUUUGUCUAAUAAAAUGAAAUGUGCAGGAAUAAGGGACAAC